AUGCUCCAGAGAACACGUGGCGUGGCGAACCGGGCUGCCCUCAUCACCAACUUCAGUCGGCGCGCCCAGAAUUCCGCAUCACGUGACCACAAACUGACCCACAGGAUGUUUUCUACGACCACCACCGCCUCCGUCUCGUCCGUCUCGUCCGCGUCGUCCGCGUCGUCCGCCUCCUCGUCCGCUGCGCCAACUGCGGAUCACAUUUUGGAACGCAACAAACGGCUGCAGAGCGAAACGGACGCGGCGAUUGCGCGACUGGCGGCGCUGCCACAGAAGACAAUCACGCUCGACGAACUGGUCAAGUUCCCCCGAGACCUGGAGACUAAAGAGCGCAACGAGAUCCUGAUAGCCAAUGCCCAAGAUACGCUGGAGCAGAUUAAAAUCGGACUGGCGCAUCGGCUCAAUGCGCUGCGCAAUCUGCAGUACCUGGUGGUGCUCAAUCCCCACAUUGCCCAGAUCUACCAGCUGUACUACUGCUCGUUUCUGAUCAUCUCCAGCUUCAAACCUCCUCAGACAGUGGAGGAAAAUCUGCACUUUGUGGAGCGCCUCAAAGACCUGGUGCAGACCCACUCCAACACUAUCCCAGUGCUGUCGCGGGGCUUCUCCGAGUGCCAGAACCUCAUGCCCCUAUCGCAGAUCAACACGCUGCUCAACUCGCAUCUCAAUGCCCGCAUGGGCACCCGGCUGCUGGCAGAGCACCACAUUGCGCUGACUAAUCCGAUCGCAGACAACUUCAUUGGCGCCGUGCAGCUCGAUUUUUCGCCCGGUAAAAUGCUGCACGAAUGCUCGCAAUUUGCUGGUGAGAUUUGCAACCUGUACUUUGGAGUGCGUCCCGAGGUGCAGAUUGACGUGGGUGAGGACGUGACGCUGCCGUUUGUGCCCGACCACGUGCAGUACAUUUUCCAGGAGCUGCUCAAGAACUCGUUCCGGGCCCAUGCUGAGUCGUCCAACGGCAACGAUCCUAUUAUCGCCACCAUUUCCAAAACCGAGGAUGGAGUCAUGAUCCGACUCAGAGAUAUCGGUGGCGGUAUCAAGCCCGAGAACGAGAACAAGAUCUUUGAGUUCUCCUUCACCACGUUCCAGGACGAGGGGCAGGGCGAUGGGUUUGCCACGCUCAACAACUUUCACGGAGGCAGCAGUAUUGCGGGCAUGGGUUAUGGGUUGCCGUUGAGCAGAGCCUAUGCCGAGUUUUUUGGCGGCAACUUGAAGCUUCAGAGUUAUUUUGGACUCGGAACUGAUGUCUACAUUAGUUUGAAGGCGCCCAAGGUGAGUCUGUGA